AUGCCGCCCCAAGAAGAAGAAAUGCCAACACCCGGCGAACGUCAGACAACCGUCGCCAAACCCCCCCUUACGCGGGAUCAAUACCGCAUACGCAAGUUGACUAAGGAGAACGCGAGACUCAAACACGAAGUCGAGGAAAGGGAUAACAAAAUCUCUCGGUUGCAAGAGUUUCAUCAAGCAUUGGAGAAAGACUUGGCCGAUGAGAAGGAGCAGGGGCUGGUCUGGAGAAAAGAAUCGGGUACUGAGAGCUGGCGAGCGUGGCGGUUGAGUACUGAGUUGUCUAAUAUCAGGGACAGACUCGAAUUCUUUCGUGGGUUGGCUGAUGACAAGGUUUUAUGGCCUGAUGGAGACGAGACCGAGGACGAGGAUGACGACACUGAGGAGGAAGAUGAAGAAGAUGAGGAUGACGAAAUUGAGGAAGCGUAG